AGCUGCGCUCAACUCUUAAAUUGCACUCGAAUUAAGCAGGGUGUGAUCAAACCCUGAGUUUCAAGCUUAGGGUUUUUCAUUGAGGCGACAGAAAUUCUCCCCACCGCCACGCAUCUUUUAAUUUAAUUCUGAAACGGAGGGAGAAUGAAGAAGCUCCGGUGGGCAAUGGACGGGGACUUCUGGGAGCUGGACGUGUCCACUCCCAGGACCCUCGAAGGAACCGCUCGUGCCGUUCCCGGAGACCCUCUUCCGCUUGGGCUAUCAAGAGGCACCAGGCUCUCCAGACCCAAGCAGAUCGACUUCUUCCAGCGCUUCAUGGCCACUCCUUGUGUUCCCUCCUACUCCUCCGGCACCGGUUUCACUCUACAGCGCGUCUUAACAAUCCCAUUUGCUGAAAAAUGGAUAUCUUCUUUUCUGGGUCAGUUUAAUAUGACCAAGUUUGUGUCAUCUAUGAAGGAGAACAAUGUUCUGCAACAGCCAAAAUCCACUUGGGUGCGGAACAUUGGGAAAGUUCUUAAGGAUAAGACCUUGUAUGCUCUCGGGUUCUCUUCUGAUUUCUUGUUAACUUCUGAUGAUACUCUACUUGUUAGCUUAGACUCAUAUGGUGACAACAGUAACAAUCCCAGAAAGAAAGCAGUCUUUUAUCACAGGUUCCCACAUCAUGAUUUGACAGUGGAGGCAGUUUGGCCUGGACUAUUUGUAGACAAGAAGGGUAAUUACUGGGAAGUGCCAUUGUCCAUGGCAGUUGAUUUGGCUUCUGUUGCUGCCGACUCUGGUGCAAGUUACCAUUUUUCUGUGCACCAUAAUGAUGGGUCACCGAAGCAAUUUGAAGGUGAUCAGGUGGCUCCUGCUCCUGCUACUUUGCUACCUGGUUUUGCUGUGAAGAGUGCUUUUUCGUAUAAAAAGAACUUUAACAUCUGGAAAAGUAAAGCUAAAAUGUUGCCAAUGGUUCAACCAUAUGACAUUUUCCUUUCAAAUCCACAAGUUUCGGCAUCAGGAAUUAUUGGUGCUGCUGUAACUGCCGCGUUUGGGGAGAACUCAGUUAGAUCGCAAGUGGUAGAUGAUACUCAGGGAUUUAAAGGCUUCUCAUUUCAUGCUCCAACCUCAAAAUCUUCAAUUUUGGCAGAUACGUUUGCAUCUUUGUCAUUCACAGCCCAACUUGGGAACUUCCAACGGCUGUUUGCAGAUCUUACACGAUUUCAUGCUCGCCUUGAUUUUCCGUCUGGUUCCAAGUUCCUUUCAGGGGCCACCCGUUUAGCACAGGACUAUUUCAAUUCCAGGCAACCAAGUACUGAAGCGGUCAAGGCAAUCUGCCCCAGAGCCACCCUUUCUCUUCAACAACAGAUUGCUGGACCAUUCAGUUUUAGAGUUGAUUCAGGAGUUUUGGUUGAUAUCGAGGACAAAAAUUGGUCUGUACAUAUAGACGAACCAGUGUUCGCCCUGGAGUAUGCAUUGCAGGUCCUUGGUUCAGCAAAGGCUGUUGCCUGGUAUUCCCCAAAGCAUAAAGAAUUUAUGAUAGAGCUUCGUUUCUUUGAGACCUAAACCAUAAAUCUUAUAUGUUCAGGAAUUCCAUUCCUGCUUUUUGGAAUGUUAUAUCACUGGUCAUUCAAAUUAGAUUGAUGAUUACUUUGCCAAGGCAAGCUACUCUCUAAAUUCAGGAAAAAAAGGAGCACCGUGAAUCAACUUUGACAUAUUAAAUGAUCAUCAAUCCUCUGUACACAUUCAAAACGAAACUUUAAUUCAAUACAGAUUCACUUUACAAGUGUGAUUGUAAUCUGAAUAGGGGUUGCCAUCACAAGCCGCCACUGGGAAGGAUAGGAUCCUCAUGGCGCCAUCUUUAGCCGCCUUCUGCCGGAGAAACAAGUCAACAACCAUGUAAUCAUCAUCCUUACCCCAUCAUCAGUGGCAAUGAGAAAAGAUGGAGAGAGAGAGAGUUACAGAGUCGCCAUUGAUGGAAGAGGGACGCCCCAUCUGGAAAUAGGGGAGACGAAAACCUGAAACUGCAAAACCCAUUUGAGAAAGCACCGUCUUCUUUCUCCUAAUUCACGCUUGAUUCCAAGAACAGAGAUAGAGUAAAGUCCACUGCUUUGC